AUGAAUAGCAGAAUAGGAAUAGUAGCAGCGUCAAUUCACCAAGCGAAUACCACGAUGAAUAGCAGAAUAGGAAUAGCAGCAGCAUCUAAUUCACCGGAAUGGUGGCCAGCCAAGCUAGCGGUGGCAUCGAUGGUUCAUGCCCUACCUCGUGGGUACAUUUGCAUUCACCAACCACUCACCACGGGCAUAGCAUGUUCAAAUCUUCGCAUGUAUGAGCUAACGGACGAACGACGAUCUGGAUGCGGAAGCUUGCGCUUCACUCCGCCAGACAGGCUCAGGAACGCCAAUUACCUCCAACUUGCUGCAGCUCCUCUUUGGCUGAUGGUAUUGCAUUUGAAUGUGCGCUGUUGUUCAGAAUCGCAUGCAUCCGCUCCUUGA